GCUCCCCGGCAGCACCCCCGGGACAGGAGCACCCGGGCCUCCCUCCCUGCCGCCCGGCCAGGGCUCUCCCGCCGCUACUCCGCUGCAGAGGACACCUCAUGGAAAAUAAAUAAAUUAAUUCCCCCGCUCGCCCCCGCGGCCGGGAGAGGAGCCGGCGGCGGCCGCGGGAUUAGAUCCUGUCCGAGCUAGAGACCAGUCUAAUUGGAGAAGAGACAGAGACCAAAAAAUGCCACCUGCAACAGGAGCUCCAGAUUACCCACCCCCUGAUGGAGGGUGGGGAUGGGUUGUGGUCUUUGGGGCAUUUAUCUCCAUUGGAUUUUCCUAUGCCUUCCCCAAAGCCAUCACAGUGUUCUUCAAAGAAAUACAAGAGAUCUUCCACACAUCAUAUAGUGAGAUAGCUUGGAUAUCGUCGAUAAUGUUGGCUGUCAUGUAUGCAGGAGGUCCCAUAAGCAGCAUUUUGGUGAAUAAGUAUGGUAGCCGGCCUGUGAUGAUAGCAGGGGGUAUCCUGUGUUCUUUUGGAAUGAUUGCAUCCUCUUUCUGCAAUAGCGUCCUUGAACUGUAUAUAUGUAUCGGUGUGGUUGGAGGUCUGGGUUUAGCAUUCAACUUACAGCCUGCCUUGACCAUGAUUGGCAAGUAUUUCUAUAAGAAGCGUCCCAUCGCUAAUGGAUUAGCCAUGGCUGGAAGUCCAGUGUUUCUGAGCACAUUGGCACCUCUCAAUCAAUUCCUCUUUAAUGCUUUUGGCUGGAAAGGAAGCUUUCUUAUUCUGGGAGGACUUCUUUUGAACUGCUGUGUGGCUGGGUCACUUAUGAGACCUGUUGGACCGAAAAAAGCCCCUCCUGUGAAAAAAGAUGUCGAAAAAGGCACAGGAGAUUCUGCCUUACACAAAAACAACAAGAAGUCUUGUUGGCAAACUAUGAAUAAGUAUCUAGAUUUGUCCCUCUUCAAACACAGAGGGUUUCUGAUAUAUUUGUCAGGAAAUGUCAUUAUGUUUAUUGGUUUCUUUGCUCCAAUAGUAUUCUUGGCUCCUUAUGCCAAGCACAAGGGAAUUGAUGAAUAUUCUGCUGCUUUUUUGCUCUCUAUCUUAGCCUUUGUAGACAUGUUUGCUAGGCCUUCCAUGGGACUUGUAGCAAACUCCAGGUUUAUCCGGCCAAAGAUUCAGUAUUUUUUUAGUUUUGCUGUCCUGUACAAUGGUGUCUGUCAUAUCUUGUGCCCUCUGGCAAAAAAUUACACUGGCUUGGUGAUAUAUGCUGUAUUUUUUGGGUUUGCGUUUGGAAUGGUUAGCAGCGUUCUUUUUGAGACAUUGAUGGACCUUGUUGGAGCUGCCAGAUUUUCCAGUGCAGUGGGACUUGUCACCAUUGUGGAAUGUUGCCCUGUGCUCAUAGGCCCUCCUCUAGGAGGUUGGUUAGUAGAUGUUACUGGGGAAUAUCAGUACAUGUAUUUUGUCUGCGGAGUGAUUGUGACUGUGGCCAGUAUCUGGUUGUUCAUUGGCAAUGCCAUCAACUACAGGCUUUUGGCAAAAGAAAAGAAGUUAGAAGAUGAGAAGCAGAAAGCACAGAAGAAUGCUGACCCAAAGGAAGCAGAACCAUUAACAAACAAUGAGAAUGAAGAUGCUUCCAGCAGAGCUGAUAAAGCUCUUGAAGACCCAUCAGAACGAGAAACCAAUAUUUAAUCUGAAAUAUAGCUCAGAAGGCAACAUUUAUGACUUCUAUUAGGAAUAUGUCUUCGAGACACAGGCCAGAUAUUGUGGUAAUAAUGAUCAGUCACAAUAUUGGACGGGAACAGAUCUUUGCCCUAUGGCAAGACUCUAAGGUAAAUUACAAUCUACAGCUUAUUUGUUUCAGCGAUACAAAAUUACAAGUACAGAGGUAGUGACUCAAUGAAAACAAAUCCAUUAAAUUUUGAGUCUGGACAAUCAAGAGUCAGAUAAGCCAGGCUAUAAAGCCUUCCAAUGACAAAUGGUUUUGUUUCAGAAGUAUAUCUAAUGCAAAGGUAUCUCCUACUCUUAUUUUGGAAGAUGCUUGCAGUCAUCUUUACUAUGUGGUUAAAGUGUUUAAAUAAUCUGCCCAAACUCUACUUAUCACUAAUAUUAAAGAGAACAUAAAGUCCAAGAUUUCUUUCAAAAGAGACGUAAUACCUGACUGAAGCACACUGACACAGUCUUCUCUUUUGUAUGCCCACUAGAUAAACUAUAUGUCUGCAUAAGCAAUUAUGGAUAUAAAAGUUAAGUGUAGGAGAAAAAUAACUUCUGAACACACCUCUAAAAUACAAUAAAAAGCUGAUUCAUAAUAUAUUCCAGAGGUAGUUUCCUCCAGUGAUAGCUGAUUACAUAGUAUUUCAACAUAUACAUUUGAAUUCAAACUAUAUCCACACCUUGCUAAUUCAAACUACGCUAAAAUCUGCCUGCACAUAAAAGGUUUAAACCCAAGGUCUAUAUUUCUGACAAGAGUAGCAAUCAGUUUGUUUGACUAUGUAUUCCUGUGUAGCUGAAGGAUCUGGAUCAGACUGUGAAGCCAUUUUCCUAAAGGGACUAGAUUCAUAAUCUGCUGAUGUUAAAAGGAUACUAACCCUUGGCGUUUGUGGCCUUAAUGUUCAUGACAAUGACUUCAAAGUAGAUGCUUGGCUUUAGUCGUUAGUGUUUUGAUGGUUUCCUGAAAGGAGAUAUAAGUUCUAAUUCAGAUCUUUGCAGACAGGUAGCUUCAUACCAGUUCACAUUUCCCUUUCCCUGGAAUUUAGUGAAAAGCUAGUUUUUUGGUUUUUGUUUCUUGUUUUUUGUUUUUUUUUUGGUUGUUGUUUUUUUGUUUUUGUGGGGUUUUUUUGGUUUUUUUGGGGUUUUUUUUGUUAUUUUUUGGUUUUUUUGUUUGUU